ACCAAAUUUUAUUCGCAAAGUUGAUUUUCUAGUGUAAAACAACAUCAAAUUUACCCUUUAUUCCUUCUUUAGUGGAAAUAAUUUAUUUAGACAAUUAAUCUGUAAAUGUAGAUUUCAUCCUGUUUUUUAAAAGUUUGAUUUUGUGCACUUAUACCUAAAAAUGAAGGGUGUACGAACUUUGUUAACUUUCUCGUUGCGAGCGAAUCGCACCUUCCAACUUCCCCUGAACAGAAGAGUCUCAUUUCGCCCCCAACACAUAUUAUCAAACACAAGACCCAUCCUGGCACCCACACAAACAAGGUUGAGUUCAGCCCACCCUUAUAAUGCACAACAUGAUGAGGAUGGCCUCGACUUUGACUCCCUAUUUAAAGACAUAGAUCCAGUGUUUGAGGAACACAGAGGAAAUGAACGAAAUGAAAGAAGUUACGCUGCAAACUUUAACUUCUCAACCGCCGACUUUUCGCAAAAUGAAGAUUUUGAGCGAGAUUUUUACAGCGAGCAUCCAGAUUGUGCCAACAGAUCUCAGAGCGACAUUGAUGCAUUUUAUCGAACAAAUGGAAUAACUAUUGGAGGAGAAAAAGUUCCAAGGCCGGUUCUUGAUUUUUCCGAACUGCAAUUUUCAGACCACAUUGAUUCCAAGUUACGUCAAUCUAAUUUUAAUGUUCCGACCGCCAUCCAAUCAACUGGUUGGCCGGCAACUUUAUCUGGUCGUGAUGUUAUCGGUAUCGCACAAACUGGUUCCGGAAAAACACUUUCGUUUAUUCUUCCUGCCUUAAUCCACAUACAAGCUCAACGACCACUUGGAAGAGGGGAAGGCCCUAUUGCACUUGUGAUGUGUCCUACCCGUGAACUGGCUGUUCAGUGUGAACGGGUAGCCAACCAAUUUGCUGGACCUUUUAUCAGGACUGCAUGUGCUUAUGGGGGAAGUAGUAGGAAUAUACAGCUGGAUAAAAUCGGAGCAGGUUGUUCCAUCUUGGUUGCCACCCCAGGAAGGCUGAUGGAUUUCUUACAACAUGGAGAAGUUAACUUAAGGAGGUGCACGUACCUUGUGUUGGACGAAGCUGACCGUAUGUUGGACAUGGGCUUCGAACCACAGAUAAGGAAAAUAAUUGAACAGAUUCGACCUGACCGUCAAGUAACAAUGUGGAGUGCCACCUGGCCCUCAGAGAUCCGUCAGCUUGCCAAAGAUUUCAUUUCCACGAAAAGUGCGACGCACAUCAAAGUUGGAUCCUCGGAUCUUCAAGCAAGCGAAAAUAUUCAGCAGAAAUUUGCCAUCUGCCAUUCACCUGAUAAAUUUAAACAGUUUAAAGAAAUAAUCAUUGAAUUGAAAAACGCAAACAAAGAUCAAUUUUCACAAUUCCCGAAAACCCUUGUGUUUUGUAACACCAAAGCUACAUGUGAUAGACUGUCACAGCAAUUGCGCAACGCAGGUUUAAGAUCCAAUGCUAUACAUGGAGAUAAAACGCAAUCACAACGUGACAGUGUGUUGAACAAUUUCCGUCGCGGCAGAAGUAACAUUCUGAUCGCAACUGAUGUUGCAGCUCGUGGAUUAGACAUUAACGACAUCCAGUACGUGAUAAACUUCGACACUCCACCCACUUGUACGGAUUAUAUACAUAGGAUUGGGAGAACGGGACGUGCAGGGAAACAAGGGACAUCAUAUACCUUGCUGACUGAGGAAAAUGGUGCCAUUGUAAAAGAUCUUAUCUCCAGUCUUGAAGUAAUUAACCAUGAAGUGGACCCCAAACUACACAAGAUGCAGCAAUGGUGGAUACAGAAUCGAACAAAAGCAAAACCUCGUCAGAGACCACAGACCAGGAGAUUUAAGAACGAUCAUUACAACAACAGGAGAAAUCGACAUUAUGAUGAUGGCUACUACUGAUAUUAGUUGAUAAAUAAUACGACCAAAUAAUAAGUUUCACAUCGUUUAAAGAAAUGCGUGCUGUCUCUGUUCAGAUUUUUUAAAACACAGCGUUUGAUACCAAA